GUACAAGGAGAAUGAAAAGUAGAGUAUUUGGAAGAGGAAGAAACAUCAAAGAAGAAAAGGAUCGGAGAAGCAACAGGUCAUGUACCCUCCAAGAGCUCCAAAUGGAGCCCUUGAUAGAAAGGGGAAAACGACAGCCUGGUCCUUCUCUAGAUUGUGGAGAGUCUCUGAUUCAACUCUGUUCCAAAUAACCUUGGUCACUGCUCUUUUGUCUACUGUUCUUGGUGAUUGUGGUCCCCCUCCCUAUUUAAACUUUGCUUCUCCAAUAAAUGAAUUCAAUGAGACAAACUUCAAAACUGGAACUUCUCUGAAAUACACCUGCCGCCCCGGCUACAUAAAGACCGGUUCAAGAAAUCAAUUUGUUACCUGUGACUCAAGAGGCACAUGGUACUACAGUGAUUUCUGCGUCAAGAGAUCAUGCAGCAACCCAGGAGAAUUACGUAAUGGGCAAGUGAUCAUUGAGAAAGAUCUUUCUUUUGGAUCACAUAUCGAAUUCAGCUGUUUAGAAGGGUAUAUCUUAAUGGGCUCAACCACUAGUUAUUGUGAAGUCCAAGAUAAAACAGUUGGCUGGAGUAAUUCUUUUCCAGAAUGUGUAAUUGCCAAUUGUGAGCCCCCUCCUGAUAUCAUCAACGGCAAGCGCAGUGGUGGAAAUGAAGAUAUCUACACAUAUGGCUCUUCUGUCACUUAUAGGUGUAACCCUGGCUUCUCAAUGUUAGGCAAAGCUUCCAUUUCUUGCAUGGUGGAGAACAAAACAAUAGGUGUCUGGAGUCCCAGCCCUCCUACUUGUAAAAAAGUCAUCUGUCCUCCACCAAAUGUUAAAUAUGGAAAGUUAGUCUCUGGAUUUGGACCCAUCUAUAAUUUCAAAGACUCCAUUGUAUUUGACUGCAAUAAAGGUUUUAUCCUCAAAGGCAGCAACAUAAUCCAUUGUGAAGCUGACAAUACCUGGAAUCCUCCUCCUCCCAUUUGUGAGCUCA